AUGAAAAAGGACGAGGAGGAGUCUGCUCCCAACAACAACCGAACUGGCGGCGGCGGCGGAGCUACGACGGCGAUGAGGGUGAUUGUACCCUUACAAGGUGUAGUUCAAGGAAGGGGCGGCCUAAUCCUAGGCUCAGUCAUUCCUUGUGCUCUUUUUUACUUUUUCCAACUCUAUCUUAAGCGCAACCGUUCUAAAGGCGGCGGUAAUAAUUCUCCCCAGCCUCCCCGGAGGUCGCAAUCCGGUGCCUAUUUGCCGGACGGGACUUUGCAAAGGGUUCAAUCUCGUUCUUUGUUAUCUCAGCGGAGUGGGUCUGGUGGGCCCGUCCCCCCUGUUUCUUCAAGGGCUAAUUCAAUUGCUAAUAAGCAAGUUGAUGGUCCUCACUAUGUCGGGUUGAAGAGAGCCGCCGAGGACCCUUAUGAUGAAUUAAGCAAUCCUAAUGGUGUCAUUCAACUUGGUUUAGCUGAAAAUAGAUUGUCGUUGGAUUUGGUUCAAGAGUGGCUAGCAGAGAAUGCUAAAGAAUCAAUUUUGGGACAUGAUUUGAGUAUAAGUGGCAUCGCUACCUAUCAACCGUUUGAUGGGUUGAUGGGGUUAAAAGUGGCAGUGGCUGACUUCAUGUCUCAAGUUAUGGAUGGAUCAUUAUCCUUUAACCCAUCCCAAAUAGUUUUAACAGCAGGUGCAACCCCGGCAAUUGAGAUCCUCAGCUUCUGCUUAGCUGACCCUGGGAAUGCAUUUCUUGUUCCCUCACCAUACUAUCCCGAUCUUGACCGGGAUGUAAAAUGGCGAACUGGUGUGGAAAUUGUGCCAAUUCCCUGCCGCAGUGCUGACAACUUUUGUUUGAGUACUACUGCACUUGACCGUGCAUUCACCCAGGCAAGGAAACGUGGGCUUAAAGUUCGUGGCAUUAUAAUCUCAAACCCUUCAAAUCCAGUGGGUAAUCUGUACGAUCGGGAGACUUUGUGUAGUCUUUUGGACUUCGCUACCGAGAAGAACAUUCAUGUCAUAUCCAAUGAAAUAUUGGCAGGGUCAACCCACGGAAGUGAAGAGUUUGUCAGUAUGGCAGAGAUAAUGGAGUCUGAAGAUUUUGAUCGAACAAGAGUCCAUAUAGUCUAUGGCCUAUCAAAGGACCUCUCACUUCCAGGUUUUCGGGUUGGAGCCAUCUAUACUUCCAAUGAGAAUGUUCUGUCAGCUGCUAGGAAAAUGGCAAGGUUCUCAUCUAUUUCAGCCCCAUGUCAAAGAUUGCUCAUCUCAAUGCUGGCUGACACGAAGUUCAUCCACCACUUCGUCAAGAGCAAUCGUGAAAGGCUUCAAAGGAUGUAUCAUGAGUUUGUUUCUGGACUAAAGCAGUUGGGAAUUGAGUGUGUAACAAGUAAUGGAGGGUUUUAUUGUUGGGCUGACAUGAGCAGGUUAAUCCGAUCUUACAACGAGAAGGGGGAGCUCGAGCUUUGGGAAAAGUUAUUGAAUGUUGCCAAGAUUAAUGUUACUCCGGGGUCCUCCUGUCACUGUAUUGAACCGGGUUGGUUCAGAUUAUGUUUUACCACAUUGAACGAAAAAGAUAUUCCAGUUGUCAUGGAUCGUAUUAGAAGAGUUUCAGAAAUUUGUAAAUCUCAAUUUGUGAGCUUCAGACAUAGCAAGAAAGAGUCUGGUUCAAAGGUGCAGAUGAAGAUUGAUUACUGGACAGAUGUCUUGUUCCAGGCUUGGAUGGCUCUAGAUGUAGAGGUUGAUCGCUAUGCUGGAUUUGAUAAUGGGUGUUUCCCUUUUGUGUUCCGAGUUUCUGUCAACCCAAAGAUGAAGUUCGUUCCCCAGAAUUUAGAUGAAGACUGA